ACCCAUCAGGCCUUGCGCGCGGGAAUAUGGCGGCGUCCUGCUGGAGGUGUUGAAGAUCCUGGUUCGGUAUGGUGUUGGCAUCAGGGCCCGCAAGGCGGGCGCUAGUUCACCCCAGGCGGAUCAGCCUUGGGGGCGGAGGGGUUCCGAGUCGUCAGGCAUACGAGUGGGGCGUGCGCUCCACGAGGAAGCCCGAGCCACGUCCCCUGCACAGGGUGUACGAAAUUCCUGGAGUGGAGCCCAUCACUUACGCCGGGAAGAUGCACUUCGUGCCCUGGUUAGCGCAGCCGGUCUUCCCGCCCUGGGACCGGGGCUGGACGCACCCAAAGUUCCGUCGUUUGCCCCCGACUCACGAGCACCCGCUGUACAAGGAGCAGCCCUGCCACAUCUUCCACCAGCGUAGCCGCGUCCUGGAGGGUGUGAAGCAGGCCCUCUGGCUUACUAAAUCCAAGCUAAUAGAAGGUCUUCCCGAGAAAGUACUCAGCCUUGUCGAAGACCCAAAGAACCACAUAGAAAACCAAGAUGAACGUGUCCUGAAUGUGAUUUCUCAUGCCCGCCUCUGGCACUCCACUGAUGACAUUCCCAAGAGAGAGACUUACUGCCCAGUCAUUGUGGACAGUCUGAUACAACUGUGUAAAUCCCAAGUUCUCAAGCAUCCUUCUCUGGCCAGACGGAUCAUAGCCCAAAACUAUUCAUUAUCCACAACUUGGAAUCGAGAGUCUAUUCUCCUUCAGGUCCAUGGUCCCAGUGGAGCCCGACUGAAUGCCAAGGACCCCCUGCCCCCCAUUGCCUCUAGAGAGGAAGUUGAAGCCACUAAGAACCAUGUUCUCGAGACCUUCUACCCCAUAUCUCCUGUGAUGGGUCUUUCGGAGUGCAACUUGUAUGAUUCAAAGGAUGACACUGGAUUCCAGGAGGGUUAUCCGUACCCCUCUCCCCACACCUUCUAUUUCCUGGAGAAAGCCAAUAUACGACCAUACCGCUUACAUCCAGACCAGCUGAGGGCCAAGAUGAUCCUGUUUGCCUUUGGCAGUGCCCUGACCCAGGCCCGCCUCCUCUAUGGGAAUGAUGCUAAGGUUUUGGAGCACCCAGUAGUCGUUCAGAGUGUGGGCACCGACGGACGUGUCUUCCAGUUCCUGGUCUUACAGCUGAACACCACAGAUCUGGCCUCCAGCGAAGGCAUCAAGAACCUGGUCUGGAUGGACUCAGACCAGCUUCUCUAUCAGCACUUCUGGUGUCGCCCGGUGAUCAAAAAGAAGGUGGUGGUGGAACCUGUUGGGCCGAUUGGUUUCCAGCCAGAGACUUUCAGGAAGUUUUUAGCUUUGUAUUUGCAUGGUGCUGUGUGAGCGGAAGACUGGCGUGAAGCGUACUGCCUGAAGCCUCUCAUGCCCUCUCCCACCGAAGGCCCAGCAUCUUGAGCUGCCUGGGACCUUGGGCUCCUUCCAGUCGUUUCACUGACAAUAAAUGGUCUUCCUAGAG